AUGGUAGGAGAGGUGUUACCGGCCAAGGUUCAAGUUCCGCACCAACUGCUCGACGUGAAUACUACGACAGUAAAUCAGUUACUCGGUUUGCCUGGAAUGUUUUCCACUUUUGUUGCGAAAGAUCUCAGAGGACUAAGGAUACUUGCGCUUACGGCUUCAUCGGCUUCUAUUGUAGCCUGCACAGCUUCAAUUUUCUUUCUGGUCAAUAUCGAUAGACGCAAACGAGUUUUCAGACAUGAUCUUGUCUUUUUCCUGAUUAUAUGUGAUUUGGUCAAGGCAUUGGUCCUAAUGAUAUAUCCUCUGGUGAUACUGGUGCGGAAUGACGUUUACGCUGACCCAAGAUUUUUCAAUACACUAGGAUGGUUUACUGCCUACUGCGUAGAGGGAGCUGAUUUGGCUAUCUUUUUCUUUGCAAUUCAUUUCGCGCUCCUGAUCUUCCUACCGUCGUGGAAAUGGCGGCGUAGUGGAUCGCGGAAGAUGGAAGGUGGGCUUUAUGGUGUACGAAAAUAUAUCUGGCCCAUUACUUCGUUGGUUCCCGUCCUGUUGGCAAGUCUGGCAUUUAUCAAUUUCCAGUUACUCGACUUCGAAGAGCUGGUCAAUGGGACAACGGUGAUUCUCGACAACGACAAUUACCACGUCCGUUAUGAUGCACGCCUAGGCGGCUACAAACCGUAUAGUGCUUGGUGUUACCUGCCGCCUUAUCCGGUAUGGUAUAAACUAGUUUUGAGCUGGGGGCCAAGAUAUUUCAUCAUCAUUUUCAUCCUCGUACUGUAUAUUUCCAUCUAUGUGUUUGUUAAAAAGGAAAGUAAGAGGAUAAAGAGACACUUGUAUGAUUUUAGAGAUCAGCGAGCGGAGGAACACAUUGCUGAACUUCGAGCAAAAUCAAGAUGGGAACUUCUCAAGAUAAGACUCUUUCGUUUUUUGGUUAAACCAUUCGUUCAAUUUCUUUUGAAUUUAAAGAACUUUCUUUCCUUUAGUUUUGAUGAAAGUUCUGUUCCUACAAGUGGAAGAAAUAGUAUGACUUCAGGAGGUUCCUUUUAUGCGACCGACGAAGGAGCGUCUUUCGAUCAGGUGCCUAACAUCAGGGUUUCUCGUGCUCUUGAUAGAGCAGGGACUCCUCCUGGUGAGGAUAGUUUUACGAAUAACGAAAGCUCACAAGCUUCCAAAAGUGGAAAUAUUCAAUCUGGCACCUUGAAAGAAAACGAUGACUUAGACUCACAUAAUAAUUUACAUGGCCAUACUCCACCGAUACCUGGUAAGUUGAUGCCACCCAAUGGCAACAGUCAUCGUUUUUCUCGUUGUAUUUCACCGAUUCAAACUCCUUCGGUACAUGACAAUCGAGCAGCUGAAAAUGAACAUGAGGGCGAAGUACCACAAGCAAAUAAAAGUGAUCCUCGCAGAGCUUCCACAACUGACGUCAAGCAUGUCCAAGCCACGUUCCAAAAACAGACCUAUGCGACGAUGAAGCGUCGAAGAGCCCAAAUUCAAAAAAACCUAAGGUCCAUUUUCAUUUACCCAUUUUCCUACAUUGGCAUAUGGAUAUUUCCGUUGAUUGUGGAUAUUACACAAUAUAGACACGAAAUCAUACACGGGCCAAUAGUUUGGUUAAUUUAUAUUGCCACUCUUGCCCAACCUUUGAACGGUCUAGUGGAUACUCUAGUGUUUGUUUACAGGGAAAAACCUUGGAGAUAUUCGUGGUCGGAGGUUCAGUUUCGGGAACUGUUAGAGGCCUACUCUUUACGUGAUAAAAUGGGGGAACAAGAUAUCAAGGAGCUUUACCACAGUGAGCUUGGAAAGAAGGGGUGGUACUAUUGUGGAAGAUUCGACAGGCUUUGCUGCUGGAAGCAUAAGCCACAAUGGUGGAAGCGAGCAGGUUGGUAUGUUUACCGGUCUCUGUGUGGUCUCAUACAAAACAAAUACGACUUCGAGGACACCUGUGAGGAUCUUCCUUUAGAUUGUAACUACGAUUCGAAAGAUUCUUGGACAUGCUUCAAUCUUAAUAAAUUGCGCUGUGAGCAACAUGAGAGACAAUUCUCAUUCCCAUCAGAUUCGACAACCGGAUCAGGACCUGUUCAGAGCCGGAGAGGAAGCGACAGCAACAUCGAUUACGUAAGGGUUCCAACCUUCUGGAGAUUCAUUCAUCUCUUACCAAUGCUAAAAGGUAUUGAUUUAGAUGAACUUGACCGACAACUACGCCAGAAAGCGAUAGAUCAUGAUUUUGUGCUACCUGGGUUACAUUUUGCCUUGAAUAAAGAUACUGAUGGCAGACAUGACCUGAAUAGGACGUAUAGCAAGCCAAUUUUCAAACCUGAGUACUCUAUCAAUAAUGAGAAGAAAGCCGCUAAUAAAACACAAAAUGGGGAAUCAGCUCGAGCUCAUCCGGCUUCGGCACAUGUGCAUUUGGAUGUCAAUGCUGAUUUUGGCGACACUGUUAAGAAAGAGCCUGCUAAAUAUUUUGAAGAAGGCGACACUCAGAGUCACGGCAAUGAGAGUGAUAAAGAUAGGAUAGGAAUGCUGGCAUUCUUGAAUGGCCCAACUAAUUAA